UUCAUAACAGUCAGCGCCAACAUCAUGGCACUUAAAGCAGUAAUUUGCUCAGUUCUGAUCCACGCGAUACUAGCUGUAGCUGGGAAGAUAGCGGAUGAAGGCACUUAUCGUGAUAGGAACACUUCACCCGAUAGUAUCAAUCUGUCGUUCGACAACUUGCCGAAGACUGCGAAUCAGAACAGAAGAUUUAUCCCUCAGACGUGUCAGAAUCAAUCAUCUGGAAUUCAACCCGUUCAACCGCAGUUCGGAUACAACGAACCGUACCUAGUGGUAUGCGAUCAGAACUACUCCGGGGGAGGUUGGACCGUCAUUCAAAAUCGCUUCGACGGUGCAGUGAACUUCUAUCGUGGUUGGGAGGCGUACGAGAACGGUUUCGGAGACUUGUUUGGGGAGUUCUGGUUAGGUUUAAAAAGAAUCCACGAGCUAACCUACGCCAGGCAUCACGAGCUGCGCAUUGUGCUGGAGGACUUUGAUGGCAACACGGUAUGGGCUCGGUAUAGUGACUUUUCGGUGGCAGGUCCAGAGGAAAAGUACAAAGUUAAAAGUUUGGGCAAAUACACCGGGACUGCGGGGGAUUCGUUUCAGACGGUUCUGAAUCAGUAUUUUAGUACAUUGGAUGCGGACAAUGACGAGGUGCCGGACGCAAGCUGUGCCGUGUUGUAUCAAAGUGGAUGGUGGCACAAGAAUUGUCAUUCAAGCAAUUUGAACGGUUUGUAUCUGCCAGGGCCACAACAAGUAUACGCAACGAUGAUGUGUUGGAAAGAUUUCAGAGGAUAUUAUUAUGGUUUGAAAAGUUCCCGAAUGAUGAUCCGGGUUGUUGACAAAACGAUUGUAGUAUAAAAAAUACAAGGAACGGAAGAAGCUGUCUGAAAUAUGAACAAAAAUAAAUAAAAUGUUUUGAUACAUCAGCA